AUUUCGUGAAAACGUAGAUUUGAACAACAGAGGUAUAAUGUGUAACUAUAUUUGAUCUUACAUUCUAUAUAAUCAAACCAUGACAACUUCAACCACGAUACAGAGUGAAUUGGAAGACUUUGAGGCAUUCAUAGAUCCAGAUUUCCAUCCUACUACGUUUGCCAAUGAUCUAAUUGUUGCUACUAAUGGUAAUGAAUCAAAUGAUAUUGAUUUAUCAACACCUAUCAAGAAAUUGAAAUUUGAUAUCCAAGAAUGUAACUCAAGAAUGACUAAGAUCGCUGCUAAUAACUAUGAAUUGUUGGUAUCUAAUUUCUCCAGAAUUGAAGAUACUAAAUCAGUGCUUAACGAUAAGAUCAACCCUGCCAUAUCUCAAGUGAAUCAAAAGUUUGAUAGAAUAAAAUCAGAAGUUAUAGAACCAUAUGAAGAAGCAUUAAGAUUGAAUAAUGCAUUAAAGAGAAUUCAUACUACGUUGGAUUUAUUAAGAGGAGCUAGUUUUUUCAUAUUUAUCAUACAACAAUUAGAACAAUUGGAAAAAUCAAUAAGUUCAGAUAAUAUAAAAGAAUUACCUCGUUUAGCAAGAUUGCAUAACCAAUUAUCUGAAUUAUAUGAUAAAGCCAAUAAGAAUAAUGCCAAAGAUGGUAACAUACUUUCAAUCAAAUUAAUAAGAGAUUAUUACCCCAUUCAUGUAUCCAAAAAGUCAGGUUUAAUAGAUCAAUCCAUUCAAGUGAUGUCAAAUGAAUUUUUAUAUCCAUCGACAUUUAAUGUCAAGAAUUCAAACUUGGAAAAUCAUUUAAUUACCUUCUAUUUAUUAGAUACCGAUACAUUCUUAAGCACAUUUGAUAAAGUUAUAAUCAAUAAACAAGUUCAAUUGGCCCUCACUCAAUUAUCUCGAGCUUUACAAACUCCAAGAAAUUUCACAUCCAUAUUAAGUGAAAUAAAAGAAUCAUCAGAAGAAUUUUUUAAUCAAUUGCAUAUAAUCCUUGGAAGUUGGGAAGUCUCAAAGAAUCAAAAUAGUUCAGCUACAUCACUUGAAGAUAUAUUGAAAUCAUAUUAUCAAAAUCAAGAUCUAUUGUUUCUUUUUUAUGAAAGAUUAACAAAGAAAUUUUCUAAGAACAUACAAGCUACAAUAGAUCGGGGUGGUCCAACAUCAAAGAAUUUAAAGGUUUAUAAAAAUGGACUUGUUAAGACAAUUGAAGUCACAUUCAAAAAUAAAGAUCAUGAACAAUUGUUUUUAGAAUCAAUUCUGAUAAUUAAUCAAUAGAGUAACUAUUUAAUAAAUCAGCUUACGCUAUUUCAUUCAUCUCAUGUUACAUCUUAUAUUCUUCUUAAAU